AUGCCUAUAAGUAAAGUCGAAAUAUUGCAUCACAUAAAAACCCUUAAGUCAGGAAAAAGCCCGGGGCCAGAUAACAUAACCAACGAGGCCCUGAAGUUUGGAGCACCUAUCCUAGUUACAUAUCUGACAAUACUUUUUAACAUGAACAUAUACAGCAAUAGUGUUGGUAGAAUAAAGCUAGAAAACAAAGGCCGAGACAUUCGAAUUGAAAGAGGUGUAAGACAGGGUGACCCACUUUCCCCAAAAUUAUUUAUAGCAGUCCUCGAAGAUGAAUUCAAAGGUAUAGAAUGGAAUAAUAACGGCCUUUGGAUACGAAACAAACAUCUUACUCACCUUAGAUUCGCAGACGACAUAGCCGUCUUCAGUGACACCGCUACAAAAUUAGAUAAAAUGCUUCAAACAUUAGACAGGGAAAGUCAAAAAGUCGGGCUUUACGUGAAUACCACAAAAACAAGAAUCUUAUCCAACAGUGUGUGCCAGCCAAUCAGGGUAAGUCUGAGCAAAGUCCAAGUGCGCACUAUAGAUCUCACCCUCAGAGUCGACAGUAAACCUAUAGAAUAUGUUAACAACUAUGUAUAUUUAGGAAAACAAGUAUCUUUCGAUAUGAACAGCAGUGAAAACGAAGUAGAUAGAAGAAUAAACGUGACUUGGAAGAAAUACUGGACCCACAAGGAAAUUCUGAAAGGAAACUACAGUCAACUACAGUACAACACAAGAAGAUAA